UUCUACAGCUCAUCACCAACAGCAAGCAACGACGAUUUCACCUUUCCUUCCCACGCUUCCCCCCCCCCCCCCCCCCUCUCUCUCUCUCUCUCUCUCUGUCUUUCUCUCUUCCGAGAGAAAAGAGAAAGUUUCGGAUGAAAAGAAAUAAUUACAGUCUCGCGACUUACUUGGGAGCCGAUUGGGCCGAAAGAUUCUUCGCAAAACGGAGCAGAAAAAAUGAAUAAAGCAAAGCCCUAGCGCGAUUUGUUGAUCUCUCUGCCCGCGGUAGAAUGGCGAUUGCCCAUGUUUCCGUUGGAAGGAUUGGGAAUUUGGGUUUGAUUUGGUGAUCCGUGGGUGUUUUGGAAGGAAAUUAGGGUUGUUGGAACGAUGAAGCCGAUGCAGACAUUGCAAGAUCUGAUCGAGGAAGCCAAGCUUCGGACUGUGUAUUGGGCGCUCUGUGUCUUUGCCGUCGCUUACUUCUUGACGAACACGAGCAAGUCAAUGUGGAUGAAUAUUCCCAUAUCAGUAUUAUUUGUUUCGGCAUUGAGGAUUAUAUUUAAUGAGGUGGAGUUUAAAUGGAAGGUGCGGAAAAUUUGCCAGCAGACAUACUUAAUGCAUUUAGAGAAUAAGCAGUUAUCAGUGAAUGAUUCUUGCCUUUUGACGAUGCCGCCACCCCCUAAAUGGAAGAGAAAAAUUGAUUCUCCCAUUGUAGAGGCUGCAAUGGAGGAGUUUAUUGACAAAGUUUUGCGGGAUUUUGUUACUGAUCUGUGGUAUUCAGAUAUUACACCAGACAAGGAGGGACCUGAGCUUAUGCAUGGAAUAAUCAUGGAUGUUCUUGGAGAAGUAUCUCAAAGGGUCAAAGAGAUAAACCUAGUUGACUUGCUGACAAGGGAUAUAGUUGACUUAGUAGGAGAUCACCUAGAACUUUUCAGAAGAAACCAAGCUGUAAUUGGUGUUGAUGUCAUGGGAACAUUGUCAUCCGAAGAAAGGGAUGACCACUUGAAACACCAUCUUAUUGCUUCAAAGGAGCUCCAUCCCGCAUUGAUAUCUUCUGAGUGUGAGUACAAGGUUCUUCAACGGCUUAUAGGUGGGUUGUUAGCUGUAGUGCUAAGACCUCAAGAAGCUCAAUGUCCUGUGGUUUGUUGCAUUGCCCGAGAGCUUGUAACUUCUUUGGUAGUGCAACCUCUUAUGAAUUUUGCAAGCCCUGGAUAUGUGAAUGAGUUGAUCGAGUACAUUUUCCUUGCUAUUCAAGACAACAGUAGUAAAGACACAGUUGAUGACCAAUCUACAAUAGUGGGCCAUACAAAUUCUCAUGCUGUUGCUGCAGAUAUCAUACAAGGAGGGAGUGAUCCUAUGGUGCUAAGAUCUGUCAAUCAGAAAGAGAUUUCCCUGGAUGCAUCAGAAAAUUUGAUUUCUCAAUUAUCUAGUGAAGACCCCAUGCAUCCACAUGCUGCUGACUGGGCACGCAUACUGGAUGCAGCAACACAGAGGAGAACAGAGGUUUUGAUGCCUGAAAAUCUUGAAAAUAUGUGGACCAGGGGAAGAAAUUACAAAAAGAAAAUUCGUAAGACCCCUAAUGGAGAAUUUCACACUCCAAUUUCAAAUGGUUCAUUGACAUCCAAUGCUCAACCUACAAAAAUUUUAGGGAAGGAAAUGCUUGCCCAAAGGUCUGUAAUUUCUUCUGCCACAGACGAGAAAGCUCGCUUACAUUUGCUACAAGAAUUUCAUACGGUGGCUCAAGUAAGUGGCGGAAAGAACAAUGUAAUGCACUUAUCUGAUGACCUAAAUAAGGACCAUUCUGUUGGGGGAGCACCUCUUGAUGAAUUGGAGGAUACUGCUUCUCAUUUUUCCAUUGAGAAUAAAAGAAGGCUUAAGAGAUCAAAUAGCACUUCUGCCCUAAACAUUCAACUUAUUAUGGAAAAAUCAUAUACAAAUGAAGGUGGAAGACCCAUUAUUUCGGACUUCUAUUACCCAGAUUUUAGCAGUCUAAAUAAUGAGAAUGCUGUUAAGGGUGCUUCAGAUGUGAUGUUUGGUGGUGAAGGAAUCCACAGGCCCAAGCUCAGGAGCCGGGUUAUAGGAGCAUACUUUGAGAAACUUGGCUCAAAAUCAUUUGCUGUUUACUCAAUUGCAGUGACAGAUGCUGAUAAAAGAACUUGGUUUGUGAAAAGAAGCAGAUACAGAAAUUUUGAGAGGUUACAUCGUCACCUAAAGGACAUUCCUAACUAUACAUUACAUUUGCCUCCCAAAAGGAUUUUUUCCUCAAGCACAGAGGAUGCAUUUGUUCAUCAACGUUGCAUUCAGCUCGACAAAUAUCUGCAAGAUCUCUUGUCAAUACCUAAUGUUGCUGAACAGCAUGAAGUGUGGGACUUCUUGAGUGUUUCCUCAAAGAAUUACUCUUUUGGAAAAUCUUCCUCUGUGAUGAGCACCCUGGUAGUUAAUGUGGAUGAUGCUUUCGAUGAUAUUGUACGGCAGUUUAAAGGGGUUUCGGAUGGAUUAAUGAGAAAAGUUAUUGGUUCCUCUUCCCUUCCUCAUGAAGCCUCUCCUGUGAUUCCAGUCAGGAACUUAUCCUUGAAUUCUUGUCGGACUAGUAAGCAUCUUUCAUGGCAAAGUUCCACAGCAUCAGCGAAAAGUAUUUCUGAUGAGGAAGAUCAUAAAGAUGACAUUCAAGGCCAUGAGGAAGUAGAACCUACUGUGCAUGCUAACGGUUGGCAUUCAGACAAUGAAUUGAAUUCAAAGGGUUUUCCUCCUAGGGUGGUCAAACGAGGUCAUAAGUCAAGAAACUUGGAAUCUGAUAAAAAACAUGGUAUGGAGGCAGAAUCUCUUUCAGGUGGCCUAGGUAGAUAUCCUGCAGCAGGUUUCCCAGUAACUUCUGAUAACCUGGAGGAUCCCGUUCAAGUUCCACCAGAGUUCUUGCUAUUCUUAUGGGAACCACUCUUGGGCAUUGUUGGUGACCCAGAACAGCCUCCAAGACUUAAGUGGAUCCCUCCUAAUUUAACAUUGCCUGUGUUGAAUUUAGUUGAUAAGAUGUUUCAGCUAAAGAGAAGAGGCUGGCUAAGAAGACAAGUCUUCUGGAUAUCAAAGCAAAUAUUGCAGUUGAUGAUGGAAGAUGCUAUUGAUGACUGGCUCCUGAGGCAAAUUCAGUGGCUAAGGAGAGAUGAUGUUAUUGCUCAAGGAAUACGGUGGGUCCAAGAUGUUCUAUGGCCUGAUGGUACAUUCUACCGGAGAUUAAACACUCCAACUCAAAUGGAUGAUUGUCAAUGUAAUCAGAGAUCUUUUCAAAGUACAAGCAGUUGCAGUGCAGUUUCUAAUCCCGGUUCUUUUGAGCUACAACUUGAAGCUGCUCGUAGAGCUAGUGAUGUCAAGAAAAUGAUCUUCAAUGGAGCUCCAGCUGCUCUGGUCAGCUUGAUUGGGCAUAAACAGUACAAGCGAUGUGCAAAAGAUAUAUACUAUUUUCUUCAGUCUUCAAUCUGUUUGAAACAACUUGCAUAUGGAAUAUUGGAACUGAUACUUGUAUCAAUUUUCCCGGAGCUGAGGGAUCUUAUGCUGGAUAUUCACGAGAAGAUGCGGUCGCAACCUGAAUAGAAUAGCAAGAAUUUGAUUCCUCAGAAGGGUUGGUAUAGUAUUGCUUCUGAUUCAGGUAAUCAAUCAAUGGGAAUGGGAUUUUGUAGAUGUAGCGCAGAGCCGCUUCUUAGAAAAGUCCUGUUUAGUAGUGGUAUCACCGUGUUCUUAACUUGAUCAGCACCAACUCCAAGUCAUUUAGCAUUUUUUUUUUUUUGGCAUUGUUGCUGACUGAAAUGUGUCUAUUAUUCAUUCAUUAUGUAAGUAAAAAUCUUACUAUAAUUCUUUUAUGCGUGCGUUGAUUGGUUUUAUAUUUCUUUUCAC